AUGCUGCGCUUCCUCGGCCCUCUCCUCCUCGGCCCUCUCCUCCUCGGCCCUCUCCUCCUCGGCCCUCUCCUCCUCAGCCCUCUCCUCCUCGCCCCCGCCGCCGGGGAGGCUCCGGACUCGGUCGGCAUGUGGGAGCAGAUCAGGGAAGGGGUCAGCCAUCGUUUUUACGCCACUGGGGACAACGUGGUGAUCGCAUUCGGCUGCGAGGGCGUGAUGGACGAGCUGAGCCAGAGGUGGCUGGAGCGGAUGAUGGAGGUGUCCUCCCUCGCGUCCCGCUUCGAGGUGGGGCACGCCUACGCCGUCCGGGGACCCGGCGCCGGUCACAUCGGCAUCGAGGAUCUCAUCAACAAUCUGCUGUGGCAAAUGAACGGGGACUUGAUCAUGGUGAUCGCUCACUCAGCCGGCUCGAACGUGUCCAACGACUUCUUCAACACCCUGAGCCAGUGGGACGUCAACGGGGCGACGGACGGGAAGAUCGCCGCGUUCAACCUCGACGGCUACGGCGGGAUCCCGGACGGGACCGUCGCGAAGCUCAAGGCGCUCUGCUGGGUCUGGGCGAGGAUGGCGUCCGGCUUGGAGUCCAUGAACGCCGCAAUAAUGAAGUACCACGCAGAGCUGACCGGCGACGGCUUCGAAGUGGACGCGAGUUCGAGCGGGUGCGUGAACUCGCUCUGCCUGCACGACGCCGUCGUGAACACCCAUCCGUGGAACUCGGAGUACUUCGACGUCCUGCAGGACUACGGGACGUUCGACGAGGAGCACGAGGUCCAGACGCAGUACUUGCAGGCCCUCAUGCCGGUCGGCCCGAAUUCCGCCGUCUCGUGAUGGGUUUUUCGGUAUUUCGUGAUUUUUUUUGCCUGAUUGAUGCUCUCGCUUUUCAGCGUGUAAAAAAUCCAAUAUUUUUCCAUGCAAAUUUAAUUAAUUUUGCGAAAUCUAUAAAUUCGAUGGAAAGGAUCUUCCUUCAGCGGAGC